AUAAAUAGGAGGCGGCGGCGAGUUCUGGUAAAGCUGUUCUUCACAUUGUCCAGCGUCUCCGACACCCAGCCCAGGCGGACAUGGACUCCCAAGACUGCCCUUGUGCCACCGGUGGCACCUGCACCUGUGGGGACAACUGCAAAUGUAAAAACUGCAAAUGCACAUCCUGCAAAAAGGGCUGCUGCUCCUGCUGCCCGGCAGGAUGUGCCAAGUGUGCACAGGGCUGUGUCUGCAAGGGGCCACCCUCUGCCAAGUGCAGCUGCUGCAAAUGAAGACCCCCCCCAGCUGCACAUCUGGGGGUGCCGUGCAUCAGAGGGGAUGAGAACAAUAACCUUAUUGUGUAUGUUGGGUUUUUUUUUAUAUGUGUGUUCAGAUACCUUUAGUGUUUGUCACUGUGAUGUGUAAUAAGCUACCUAAAUAAAGUGAUGUGUAUAUAAAGGUCUAUAA